AGUUUGGCAGUGAGCGAGGAAAUAAGUUUCUUUGUUCGACAACUUUUGAAUUAAACCUAAAGUGAAAACAAUGCCGUGGUGGAAAACAAGUAAAACAAAUGAUGACCAACAAAAAGGUCAGGUCAGUAGAAUUGUUGAAACAACUGAGAGAAGAAGAACUGUUGGUGCUUCAUCAUCAUAUUCAUCAACAACGAUAACCUCCUUUUCUCACUCAUUAGAGACUAUUCAAAGUGGAAGUCAAAGUCAAAUACAGAACAGAACAAUUAGUGGAAAUCAGCUUCCAUCAACGUCAUCCACACUUUCUCAAAUACCUUAUAGAAGAUUGACUACUGACGCUAUACCAUUCGUACCCAACUACCAAAGUCCUUUUCAGCGAAGUGGGCUUUACAAUAGUGCACGGCCAAUAUCGAACGUACCAGCUAUAUCAAUAUCAACUAAUAGAGCUACAAGUGGCAUUAAUACGCCAACAUCAACUAAUAGAGCUACAAGCGGUAUUAAUACGCCAACAUCAGCUAAUAGAGCUACAAGUGGUAUUAAUUCUUGGAGUCGGGCUCCGAUUUCAGCAACACAAAGUACAACGAAUAGAGCUAGAAGUGGUAUAAAUACAUCAACUAAUAGAGCUACAAGUAGUAUUAAUACGCCAACAUCAACUAAUAGAGCUACAAGCGGUAUUAAUACGCCAACAUCAGCUAAUAGAGCUACAAGUGGUAUUAAUUCUUGGAGUCGGGCUCCGAUUUCAGCAACACAAAGUACAACGAAUAGCUCAAAAGUGGUGGCCUGUUACAAUACAAGCGGUAAAAAUAGGGGCAACGUGCUGAUAAUAAAUAUUAUUAAUUUUAUGGACAACAAUGAAGAUAGAGAAGGGGCAGAAUUAGAUGAACGAGAUGCUUGUAAGCUAUUUAAAGAUAUGGGAUUUGCUGUUGAAAAGUAUAGGAAUUUAAAACUUUCUGAAAUGAAGAAAAAAAUAGAGUCAUUUAAAAAUAGUAGAGCACUUGCCAAUGGGGACAUAUCCGUAGUUAUGAUUAUGAGCCACGGCACUAACAAGGAUAACAAUAAUAUACCUGUAUCAGGAAGUUUUACACAAAUAGUUACUUAUGACGGAAAAUUUUUGGAUACAGAAGAGGUAGUGGCAGAAUUUUCAGCCGAAAAUUGUCCCGGUAUGAAAGGCAAACCAAAGAUCUUCAUAUUUCAAUGUUGCAGAGGCGAUGAGGCGGAAUUAAAAGUCGAUUGUAUACGGAGAAGAAGAAAUGUAACAAAGGACCAUGCCGAUAUGUUGAUUGCCUUUUCAACGCUUCCAAACUUUUACUCCAUCAGAGAUCCUCAAAAAGGCAGUUGGUACAUACAAUGUAUCUGCAAAGUGUUCAGAGAACAUGCCAAGGAACAUCACGUGGAAGAUCUUUUAAAAAUUGUCGAUACGGAAAUGUCAAAUAUGCACAAGAAUCACGUACAAACGUCAACUUACGAGAGUCGAGGAUUUAAUAAACAAUGUUUUUUCAAUCCAAGAUGGUAGAAAAAAGGAAUUGUGAUUUAACUAAUUAAGUGGGUAUAAGGUAUAAACAGUUUUUACAGCUUGAAUUGAAUUCGGCCUUGAUCUGGUUUGAACCACAUCCAAACAAACUGAAAGGAUAAAUAAAAAGAGAUUCAAAAUUAUCUUGAAAAAAGUACUUCUUUUCUAAGCUCCUAAAUGUCCAUUUGAGACGUCCGACUGGUUUUAUUUCCUUUCUUCUGUUUUGAUUUGGUCCUGAAUUACUAAAAGUGUUGCUUGCACAAAGUACCAUACAUUGCAUUAACAGAUAAUGUAACCUUUUCAUGUUGUACUGGGUUAAUUAAAAUGUAAAAGGCUGUAACUAUAUUAUGCUCCUGAUUUAAGACUGUUAUACAUUAAUGUGUUCCAUUUCGUACAAAUAAAUAGCAGUAUUUUUAUUAUUAUAAAAUCGAUGACGUAAUUUAAGUGUCCAAUUAAGGUAUGCUAGAAAACAUUCACAUAUAUACAUACAGUUUUUAGUUUUCUGAAUAACCAAUAACUAAAUUUAUUUAUUAUUCAUUUUACAAAGAAAAUUAUUCUUCAUAAAUCAUAUAGAAAUCAAGAAUAAAAUUUAUAAAAUAAUUAGUGGUAAAUAAUAAUAAUAAUAAAAACACCUUUUCUUUUAUGUCUUGAUUUAUCUCCAUAAAUUCAGCGAAUUCUUCCAAAUCACUUCUGCAUAUUUUUGAGAUACUUUUACAUUAUAUUUACAAAUAUUUUGUUCUAUAAUUAAAUAUAAGAACACCUUACUCUUCAGCAUAAAUCAAUAUUUUUGAUUCUCCCUGUAUUAUUACUAAAUAUUUUCCAAAUUUAAUUCUAAAUUAUUGAUUUUUUAUGCGAUGCAGAACUGUUUUUGUAAAAUUAAAAUAAUAAACAAAUUUCCAAUUUGUUGUCAACUUUUUCACACAUACUGUGUAAAAUAUUAUAAAACGUAUUCAACAAAUACCAUCAAAUUGGUUUUAGACUCAAAUAACGGUCGACUUUCAAAAUAAGUAUUGUUAUAAAUUUAUUUUAUAAUUAAUUUCGAAGCAUACAUUGGGCGCCAAAUAUGUAACUCGAUUGUAUUAGUGCUCUUAAAACAAAACAAAAUGUGAUAAAUAAUUUUAAGAUUGUUUGUAAAAUACAUGUCAAUUUAGUAAGCCUUGAAAAUAAUGUAAAAAUAUGGAUGAAAUAA